AUGGAAGACGAAUUAGAAGACAAGGUUUUACACCAAACAUACGUUUCGUUUAUGAAAAUUUUAUCACGAUUAACAAGCAGUGUUGCCUUUGACACUCCAGUGAGCUAUUUAUGGAAGAUGGUACGACUUUAUUUACUGAGAUCAGAAGUAUUAGUGUUCACCCUAGGUGUUAUUGUUUUCUUUAUGUAUCUUCAAACUAUUGGAAUAUGGAGCAGAACAUUGCUAAGCAGAUUAUCUCAGGCAAUGAGCCCAAUUAAUGCUGUUCAACGUAUGAAAUUGUUGGAAGGUUCUGAUGCAGAUAAACAAAGCUGGGAGCUAAAAGGCUCCCUCAGUGCAGUUUACGCAAUUAAGGGUAGAAGAAUGCAUAUGGAGGACAAAUUCAUUAUUUACGAGAAUAUAAACAACACUGGCAUAUCUUUGUUCGCUAUAUUUGACGGUCACGGUGGAGAAUUUGCCGCAAACUAUGCUAAAGAUCAUCUUAUACAAAAUUUAUACAAUAAAGUCGUAGAAUUAAGUGCUUUUAAAGAUGGUAAAACGAUUGUUACUCCACCAAAAGAUAUUCCAGCAUUAGAGGAACCAAAAAAAGACGAAUCUAAUGUAAAUGCCGAGAGGAAAACUAGUUUUAAGAAGUCAGCUAGUACAGCUGAUGAUACAUCGAAAAAAGAAAUUACAGACCCGGAUUUAUUGGCUCAACUAUCUAAGGCAAGACCAAUAAUAACUAGAGAAGUAAGGCCAAUAAAACCAGUAAAAAAUGUUGCUGUUCCUUUAUCAAACUAUGUAGAUAAAGGAAAGAUAAACUAUGGCAAAUUAUUAACUGAUGAAGUCCUAGCAGCGGAUAGACUACUUGUUGAAGCAGCAAAGCGUACCAUGAAUGUUGCAGGAACUACUGCUCUGAUUGCUAUACUAGAAGAUAAUCACCUCAUUGUGGCCAAUGUAGGUGAUUCUAGAGGAGUUAUGUGUGAUAGUCGAGGAAAUGCAAUUCCUGUAUCUUUUGAUCAUAAACCACAACAGGUUCGAGAACAAAAAAGAAUAGAAGCAGCUGGUGGAUACAUUGCUUUUAAUGGUGUAUGGAGAGUUGCUGGUAUUUUGGCUACUUCACGGGCCAUGGGUGACUACCCUCUGAAAGAUAAAAAUUUUGUCAUUGCUGAUCCUGAUAUCCUGACAUUUAAUCUAAAUGAUCACAAACCUAUGUUCUUAGUCUUAGCAUCUGAUGGUCUAUGGGAUACUUUUUCUAAUGAAGAAGCAAUUAAAUUUAUUAAGGAAAGGUUAGAUGAACCGGAUUAUGGAGCUAAAAGUUUAACUCUCCAAGCUUAUUAUAGAGGGUCAGUUGACAAUAUAACAGUUUUAGUAAUUAAUUUUUUGAAUAACAAAUAUUCUAUAUCAACACAAUCAAAU